GCUCAGUCAUGUUUAAGCCUCGGCAGCAGUGUGUAGCUGUAAUGUGAGUCAGCAGUCCCACUUCCCCUCUGACGUCGGGCUGUAUAAAAGAGGCAGGAGCGAGCUGUGGGAACGCAGACGAGCUUUCACUCAGCGGACUCAACUCUCACGGGACCAACCAGCGGGACUCGGAUCAUCACAGUCUGCGGAGACGGAGACCAUGAAGAGUGCAAGGAAAAAUGACUCAGGGGACGUCGGCAGGGAUUUAUCAGAGCAGCUGAAAGACGCCACUCAGAACGUCCACGUCCGAGCUGAAAACACACAGCUGAUGCUGAGUUACCAGAAGGGACAGAUCACCAUAACACAGUACAAGGCGCUGCUGUGCUCCCUCUACAUGAUCUACAGAGCACUAGAAGAGGAGAUGGACAGGAACGCCUCCCAUCCAGCUGUGGCCCCGAUCUACUUCCCCCAGGAACUGGCCCGUCUGGAAGCGUUAGAGAAGGACCUGGAGCAUUUCCUGGGCUCGGACUGGAGGAAGAAGGUGGUCGUUCCCGCAGCCACGCUCCGAUAUGAGCAGAGACUCCGUAAAAUCGGCGAGGAGAGCCCAGAGCUGUUGUUGCCCCACGCCUACACUCGCUACCUCGGCGACCUAUCGGGCGGUCAGGUGCUGGGGAAGAUUACCCAGAAAUCUCUGGGGCUGAGCUCCACCGACGGCCUUUCGUUCUUCUCCUUCCCCGGAGUGAGCAGCCCGAACCGCUUCAAGCAGCUGUACAGGAGCCGGAUGAACAGCGUGGAGCUGACGGAGGAGCAGAGGGCGGCGCUGCUGGAGGAGGCCGUCGCCGCCUUCGAGCUCAACAUCCAGGUUUUUGAUGACUUGCAGAAAAUGUUGAGCGUCUCAUCAGAAACAGCGGCUCAAUCAGAGGGCAACAUGGUCAAAACUGGCUUGUUUACGUCCAGACCCAUCAUGCACUUCACCGUGGGAUUGUGUGUGGCACUGACCACCAUCGCAAUGGGACUCUACGCCUUUUAGACUUUACUUAUGUCGUUUAUAUGCACACCUACAGCAUGUGGCUUAUCACUUAAUUUAUGCAAAUCGUUGACCUUUUCCUCUGUUCUUUGGUGAAAUAAGAUAGAUCUGUUGACGUGUGUUUGUAUCUGGUUUUGUUUCUCUUUUCUUCUUUCACAACAUACAGUUGAUUGCUUAAGAUCAAAUCAUAAUCAACAGACAUUUUUGUCUCCUCUAUAAACUCAAAUAACAGCUGGGAAGUGAUCCUCCACGCCGUCAUUUUUGUCAACUUCAUUAAACAAUCUGUGAACAUUGAAGAAAAAAAAAUAUACUUGAUUUUUGUGUUGAAUAAAAAGAUUUGAAAACAA